AUGGAUCCCAUAGAAAAUGGACGCAAGGGCUUUGCUGGUCUUCAGAUCACUUUCUUUGAUGACAGAAAUUUUGCGGUCUGCUCCUGUGCAGCCACCACAGACCAGCCUGCCCAGCUCAACCCCUGCAACUCUGUCAAGGUGGAAAAUGGAUGCUGGAUGGUCUAUGAACAUCCCAACUACACAGGCCAUCAGUUCUUCCUGAGGAAGGGAGAAUAUCCUGACAACCGGCACUGGAUGGACUUCAAUGACUCCAUUAGAUCUUGUUGUAUCAUCACAGCAGAAAAUUCUCCAUAUUGUCUCCAGUGGCUAUUCACUGUUGUGCUGUUAGCAUCAGUAUUGCAUCUAGCAAGCUGUAGUCACCUAGAACUGCCACUUGACAUCCUGUGCAUCUGUGUCUGGAUUUGCCUUUGCAGCCCCAGGAGCACAGACGAGAGGAAUGCUGUCAGAGGCAGGAUGUUGGAGUUCAUGGAUAACUGCCCUUCUCUCCAGGAUGACUUUGACUGCAGGGACAUCUGGUCUUAUGUCAUACUUGAAGGAACCUGGGUUUUCUACAAAUAGCCACACUUCGAAGGACAGCAGUACCUCCUGAGGCCUGGCAAGUACAUGUGAUUCACCAACUGGGGUGCCAUGACCACCAAAGCUGGAUCCUUCUAACCAACGGUGAAUAUUUCCUAACCAUCACUUUCCUAAGCUAUAUGUCAAUGAGUAGUGCCAUAAGUAGAUUAUUAAAGCCUAGGAGUUUUGGAGCCUACCUGGAUCAGGCUCCCCUUUCUUGCAAUGCUUUUAGCCUUUGAUUUAAAGCCCAGCAGAGUCAAAAAGUGUCUUGACUAUGGUGGACUUCAGAGCCUGUGCUUACUUUACUGGUAGGAGUAAUUCCCCCAAAGUCAGUGGAGAUUUACUGGUAACACCCAAGCUCAGAGAAAACCCACAUCUAAAUUGCCAAGCUGUUUUUUUAUCUGCAGUCUUGGAUCAAUUUAAAAAUCACAUCUUUGAUGAAAAAUAUUA